AUGGCGACUUCGUCUCUACCGCUGCUGCUCCUCCUCGUCGCCGCCGCCGCCGCCACCACCGCCGCUGCUCGUCCGUGCAAGACGCUCUUCUAUUUCUCUGCUACGACAACCACCACUUUUUACCCUAACGCCAAUUCCCUUCCCGAGGAUGUUAACCCCAAUUACAUCUUCCGUGACCUAAGCCCUCGGUACCUCAAUCUCGUGUUCACUUCCGCCACCGACAAUCGGGUCCCCGACCGCUUCGCCUCCAUCAAUUUCGACUCCAACGGCGACGAUUCGCAAUCGUCGUCGAUGAUCGCGUCAUCCGGUUUGCCCCUGAAGUUUUAUUCCUCCGUGUCGAGCUCGAUUCGCGAUCGUACCAGAGAUUUGAUGAGCGUUGUCGGAGCUUUGCUUUUCGGCGUCGGAUGCGGCGCUCUAACCGCGGCUGUCAUGUAUCUUGUUUGGGCGCUGUUCUCUGAUCGCCGAUUGGAGUACGAAGACGUUUCUUCUUCCGAUGACGAAGACGACGAGAUUUCCGCCGCUAAGAAGAAGUUUGGAUACGUGGCGAUCCCUGCGGAUGCUAAAGUGGUUGAGGAUGAGAUCAAGAAACCUGCUGCGCCUGCCAAGGAGAUGGUUUGA